CCCGCCCGCCUCUCGACCCGCCUCACGCCAUGCCGAGCCUCGAGGAGUACGCCAGCGACCCGGACGACAUGGACCUCGACCUCGCCGUCGCCCCACCACCCUCUGCGACCGCCAAGGGCAAGAUGCCCGCCAUGCCUCCAGCCGACCUCUUCCCCGGCGGCGCAGGCGGCAUGGGCGGCAUGGGCCCCGAGCCGUCCGUGCCCAAGGCCGUCCGCAUCCUGUACGACGGCUCGUUCGGCAAGGUGACCGACGAGGCCUGGACUCGGUGGGACACGAUCUACCCGAUCUACGUCGACGCCAAGCGGCCGCAGCAAGACGGCGCACGGCGCGUCAACGCCAAGGUCGCGCUCGAGUGGCCCUUCGCAGAGCUCAUGGCCAAGGCGUGUCGCAUGCUCGGGUUCGAGGUCGUGUUCGAGCCUAGCAAGACUCACCCGAAGGACUGGGAGAACCCGGGUCGGAUCAAGGUGCAGCUCAAGACGGCCGAGGGCAAGCCCGUUAACGCCUCGAUCAAGAACAAGCGCGUCCUCCUCGCCCGCAUGUGCACCCUCCUCGCGCCCCACCAGCCCAAAGCGCCCGCCCCGACCGCGUCCAACCCGCACCCGGUCCCGCCGAUCCACCGUCGCCUGCCGGCAAACUCGCCCGCCAUCUCGCACGGCACGCUCGACGAGGCCAUCAAGGGCGGCGGCCCGCUCGGCGCCAUGUUUGGCGGCGGCGCGAGCGAGGAGGACGAGGCGGCGAUCGAGAAGGCCAAGAAGGACAAGGAGGACGAAGACAAGCGCAAGAAGGAGCAGAUGCUUAAGCAGCUCAAGCCCAAGAAGAUGCACAUCAAGAGGAGGCGGUAGAGUCGUCGGCGAGCUCUUGUCUCUCGAGGCGUCCGUCUUGAACCUCGUCAGCGUGCAACGCCGUCUCCUUUGCUCGUC